CGCGGGAAUCAUUCCACGUGUAGUCUUUUUUUUUUUUUUUUUUUAUAUAUAUAUAAUAACUUUUCUUCUUUUUUUGGAUCACAGAGCAGAAUCUGAGCAGGUGAGAGGAUGAGCUCCCAUAAGCUGCUCACUCUGGUCCUGGUGCUCCAGCCGGGCAGAGUGCUGCUCGGCAUGAAGAAGAGAGGAUUUGGGGCUGGAAAGUGGAACGGGUUCGGGGGCAAAGUUCAGCCUGGAGAAACCAUUGAAGAGGGUGCAAGAAGAGAACUGCUGGAGGAGAGCGGCCUCACGGUGGAUGCUCUCGAGAAGGUCGGAAACAUCAAGUUUGAAUUCGUUGGUGAAACGCAGCUGCUCGACGUCCAUGUUUUCAGAGCCGACGCUUAUAACGGAGAACCAACAGAGUCAGAGGAAAUGCGACCUCAGUGGUUCGAAUGUGACCAAAUUCCUUUCAGUCAAAUGUGGGCGGACGACAUCCUGUGGUUCCCGCUGAUGCUCCAGAAGAAGAAAUUUGUGGGAUACUUUAAGUUUCAGGGUCACGAUGUGAUCCUCAGCCAGAAACUGGAAGAGGUGGAGGAACUGUGAGCUGAAGAGCUGCGUUUCAGAGGACAUUUAUGACUGCGACAAAAAAAAAACGAAAAAACACUGGCCUACAAAAAGUUCUUCCUUUAAAUGCAAAAGUUAUCCCACUUUGUUGUGGGAGGAAACGGUUACAUUUGAGCCACCUUAACUGUUUACAUGUAAAAA